GCUCCAGGUGCUGGAACCACACAAACAGCAACGGGAACUACUACCACCACAACUGCAGGACCAGUGAUGGCUAAUUUGAAUACCGGAACCAACAAUCAACAGGCGAGCCAGAAGUCGAACCAACUGACCCAAAACAUGGUUGCUUCCAACACUAUCGGAGGACAUGCUUUUCCCCCCGCUGGUGGCCCACUAGGUGGUGGGAUGGCCUCUAAAUGUCCAAGCUGCCCCAUCGUUAGUAAUUCCGAUUCGCAAUGCAAGAAUGUCAUCAAUGAUAAAACAAGGUAUACUUGCCAGCCUGGUUACGAAGGGAACGGCGAGAAGGACGAAAUCACUUGCAAUAUGCAAGGCAAAUGGGAGCCUGACCCAUUCAGGUUUCAAUGCCAAAGGAAGAUGUGCACCAACGCACCAACGGUUGUAAAUGCCUAUGUUGAUGGCCCGAAGACUGUCGCUACCAAUCAAGUCAUUAAAUACAAAUGUAACGUCGGGUAUCGAAGCACAAGCACAGUCAUGACGGUUGAAUGUGAAGACCAGACAAAACAGUUCAAAACGCCAAACUUCAAAUGCGACAAGAUCGACUGCGGGCGACAACCAACCCUCCAUAACGGGAACACACAGACCCAACUGACCGUCCAUAACACCCAGCUCACUUACCAGUGUAACACAGGUUACAAAAUAGAAAACGCUCAUGGCAUUGUUUGUGGGGAUGACGGGAAAUGGGCGCCAUCUAUCGGCGCAAUGAAGUGCAAUUUGGUGGAGUGCCCAGCACUUACUAAGCCGACUUUUCCUGAGAAUGCAGAUGUGAUUGAGGGCGGAAACUACCGAAAAUGGAAGAGCACAGUCACUUAUAAGUGUAAAACCGGAUUCGUUGGUAAUGGGCAGACAAAGACGGCGAGAUGUAACGCUCAAGGCAGUUGGGAGCCGACCCUCGCCGACAUAUACAAGAGCUUCAAGUGCAUUAGGCCAGGAUGUUCAACACCGCCAAGCGUGCCACAGGCCACAGUUACAGGGCAGAAGAGCGCAUAUGCACACGGCGAGUCGGCCCAAUACACAUGUGGGACUGGGUACACAGGAUCGGGAACAGCCACAUGUAAUAGUGGAUCGUGGUCAAAUCCGAACUUCUCUUGCACGAUUAAGAGUUGCGGAAGGCUUACGAUAUUCAAUAAUCUAUUUGAUGUGAGCGAGGGAUCAGGUUAUCCAAAUUACAAGAGUACAGUAACAUUCAAUUGUAAAGCUGGGUAUAAGAGCAACAACGGCCAUAACGUUAUCACCUGUAAAGCCGACGGCAAAUGGAGCCCAUCUGAAGCCACCGUUCACAGUGGCUACAAGUGUACCGCUAAGCAAUGCCCAGCCACAGCCCCGACCGUGACCCACGCGACUGCGACUGUCACCUCAUCCCGAACAAUUGGAAGCACAUUGACUUACACUUGCGACAAAUAUUACGACCUCACAGGAACUGCGACCGUAACCUGCAAGAAAGAUGAAUCAUGGCAGAAUCCAAAUGUCCAGUGCACACUGCAAAAGUGUGGCACCGCACCGACCAUUUCUAAUGCAAAAGCCAGCGUCACAGCAGUCGUCUCACACGGCGGAUCUGUAACGUACACUUGCAAAGACGGGCACAGGAUGCUGAAGGCCACGGUGACCGCUAUCAACUGUGUAGGCAAAUCAUGGGACAAGAUACCAAGCUUCACGUGCGAAUCCACAUCUUGCGACGCCAGUAAAAUCCCGAAUGUAAACAAGGCAACGAGGACGCCCAACACAUCCAGCGGGACAUUACCGCAUGGAACGACAAUUAACUACAACUGUGAUAAGGGACAUUACAGUACAUCUACCCACGACACAAUAAAAUGUGAAAAUGCUAAAUGGACCAAGGCUUCUUUUAAUUGUGUCGCUGUUACUUGUGAGGGAGUCCCAGAGAUCCAGAACGCCCACGCUGAUAACCCAAGCGGGAAGUCUAUUUUCAACAUUGGGAACAUUCUCAAAUACUUCUGUGACAAUGGGAAGUAUAGCAAUGGCGGUGACAACGAGAUCGAAUGCAAGAACACGGCAGGAGAAAAACACGGGACGUGGUCGAAAACGAAAUUUAAAUGCUUAAACCCCAAAAGUUGCGGAGCUGCCCCAACAGUCGUUAACGGAACUCCAUCGUCAACGGCUACAACCCAUCACCACAACGUUGAAGUAACCUAUACUUGCGAAUCGUGCUACAAGGCGACGUCCGCCAACGCUUUGGUACAAAAGGCAAAAUGCGACAAUGGGAAUUGGGAUGGACCGAAGAUGUCAUGCACACGUAUUAGCUGUCCAAAUGUCGCAGUGACUGCAGCUGUAGCCACUGCAGGCAAUUUCGCAACCCAGGGGAAGAAGAGUGAUGAUGACUGGUGCGGCAGUACGGCUAAAUACACUUGUAAGACAGGUUACACGAAGAGCAGCGGUAGCCCCGACAUCACAUGCCAGAAAAGUGGGAAAUGGUCUGAUAUCAAUUUUAAAUGUUCUUUGGUUGACUGUGGUGCGGCACCACAAAUACCAAAUGGAAUUGUAAACACCCAAACUACGACAUACAACACGGUCGCGUCGUACACAUGUAAAACGGGUUUCGCACUGAGAAACAAACAAGAUUUCACGUGCUCUGCCAAAGGAAAUUGGGAGCCACAACAGCACAGCAUGAAGUGUGAAGCGUCCGAAUGCAAACAACCAGGCCACAUUACGAACACUACGCAUAACGGUGGGAGCAAGACAGUGUUCAACGAGGGUGAAACUGUGACCUACACGUGCAUCGACGGCUAUACUGGAAGCGGUUCCAUUAAAUGCGAAGGCGGACAAUGGUCCAAUGCCAACGUUCAAUGCCAAUCAAAACCGUGCCAGUCUCCACAAACAAUUCCUAACACCGUUAGCACUGCGGGUUCCAGUUCAACCUUCCAAAGUGGAGCAACCGUCACGUUCUCUUGUACGGCUGACUACGUCGGAUCGCCCGUAAAGACGACAUGUACGAAGGGAAAAUGGUCACCAGUUUCCAUAUCUUGCAAAGGUAAUAUUCUCAGGGCUAUGACUCUCCAUACUAAUCCAUGGGACUGCAAGAACUACACCAAUUCAAAAAAUUCAGCUAAAUUCGUCUUCAAGGGUGAAAAGGGAAAUUGCACCGCAUAUUUGAAAAACAUCAAACACAACUCUAGUAACACGAUUGACAUCACAAAUUAUUGCACGAAGCCUAUUGGGAAGGUAUUGGAGGUGCACACUUCACAUGUGUCUGGUAUGGGCUUCAGGUACACCAAGAUAAUUGUCUGCGAUAAAGGAAAUAAUUGUUACAUGUUCCUUUGCGGCUUCACGAAUACCGAGUUCUCCUCGUGCGUCAUCAACAAUAACAACAACACGUGGGGACGCCUGAACAUGACGAAGAAAACCGAGUGGGGUACCAAAGGCCAUUCAAUCAACGCAACCGUCUAUAAUUCCAGUUUGCAUGUUGUGUAUACCUGGACAUCCCUUCAAUAUGGCGCAGAAUCUAAAGGACUCUACAUGAUUCGUUUUAUCGAUCGAAGUGGGAAUGAGACGGAAUGGUACACAAUGAACUCUCUUGGUCGACCGCUGAUGGGUUGGAACUGCCCUUGUCAGAACUAUUACUGCAGAUACUAUCGCUACAGAAAAUACUAUCGCUACAGAGGUUACUCUCGCUACUACUACUACUACCGCAUGUACUAUAAUACGCGCGAAUUUCGCUGCGGAGAGGUCUACAAAAGGGGCUCAUACCUGUACCACAAAAAUACCAAGAAAUCUACACCAGUCCCAAUUCAAGCGUUUUGGUUCAAUCUACCUGACGGAUUCAAAAUAGCUAGCAUUGAAAUAGCACCUGACAAGGACAUGAAGAAACUCGGAGCAAGUUAUAGGGGUUACAAUGAUGGUUGGUACUUCCAUGGGGUUACCGUUGUGUCGAUUAUGUCAGGAUAUCGCUUCAACUUCGCUUGCGGUGUGGACAAAAUACACAGGUUCUGUGCCCUUGACUUUGACAGGAGUUACAACUUCGCAAUGCAGUCAGUGGUAAUGCAUGAUAUUCCAACAGCCUCAAUCAGAGACGGCAAGAUUGCGACUAUCACCACAUAUACCUCUAGCUUAUCCAACAAAAACAACAUCAGGCUCAGUUUCACGGAUAAGAGUGGGAUUGAAUGUAAGGUUCAGUCGUUUAACAACCAGACAACAGGAAACAGGACCCUCGUGCGAUCAAGAACCCAGGAUUUCCACAUAACCUGUCCCAAAAAGAUGAGCACGCCAGUCAAAAUUGAAUUACAGAACACAUUUGAUCACGAUUACGAACCAUGGGGCUUCUACAAGAUCUGCAUCACACCGACCAACUACUACCCCAAGGUGUUCACGUGUUUCACUUGUGGGACUUACUACAGCCCAUGCCGAUUGCUAAAUAGGACAAAAACACUACCCAACCCGUUUGUGCAGAAUUACAAAAUCGAAACAUUGACGCACUACCGUGUAAGCACCACGUCCAUCCAAGUGGAGCUUACCGACUAUGCUAGAACCAAAUGCGUCGUACCAACCAUGAACAUGAUUAAUAACAAACGCAAAAACCUUUCAGGACGCCAAACUUGGAUAGUUAAGUGUGUGACUCAGGGGCAGAAGAUGGGCAAGAUAAGAUACAUCAAGUUCAGCAACAGGAGAACAGCCCGUAAAAAAAGUGGAUGGUGGUUCAUGUUAAAGGCGACGUUCUUUUCAAAACACAAGAGUAGGUACGGCCGAGCGAAAAAAUGCUCCAAGACAUUCCCCAGAUAUGGUAGGGUUCGGUAUUAUAUCUUCUAUGGGACAUUUACAAUAUAUUGUUAGAGAGUUGGUGUUUGAUCUAAGAAGGACUGGAGAAAAAUUAUACAAGGGCACCGACUAUAGUUCGUUGGGGGGUUUUUCUCCAAAAUUUUAUUAAAUGUGACAGUCACCUUUUAUACAGUCAUGUCCAUAUCAAGCUAGCUAAGAUAACACAUCUGCGCCUUUUUUCCGGAAGGACCAAGACACAUACGUGAAAAAAAACUUGCCUGAAGUAGGCUUCCAUAUACAGAAUGUUGUGAUUAAUUUUGACUUUCUGUUGUAUUGUCAACAAGACGUUGUAUUUCCUCACAAUCAGGUUUAUGUUAUCCUUAAUUCUGGAAACCAGAAAGAUUUUGAUACGAUUCGGCAUUUUGAUAGCUAUUUACCAUUAACUUUGAUUUCGAAUUGAUAACCAUUAAUGCGUCAUUAACUGUAAUUAUCACCACAUUUUCGAAACCAAAAAAGAAGAAAAAAACCCGCAAGUAAUGAAAUUGAGCGCCAUGGCGUUAGCCAUGUCUUCAGCUGGCCUGGGCAUGUGUGUGUGUGUGCUUUAGGUCACAUGACGUUUCAUUUCAUUUGCAUAUAGUGUACAUUCAUUUUGGCUGCGUUUGAAACAUUUAGAACAAAACUUCCUUGUGCUGAGGCAUGUUUUCAGUUGGUCAUUGCAUGUUGGGUAACUAGGAAUCGCGUUUUUUUCCUUUGUGAUCAACACUUUCUUCUUGCAUUAUUUUGGCACUAGCAUUGGCAUCAUUAGGGCGUGCAGAGUUUAGUAAUUGAUGCAGCCUAAGUGAUAUAACAAAAACGAUGCCUAAGCAGAACGCAUUAGACUAUUUUGAACAUGAAAAAUUAUCUUCACAUGAUAUUGCCGGUGCUGCCAUGACUAUUUCUUUAAAUCGGUAAUAAAGCAAAAGGAUUGAUAUAAACACACCCGCACACACAUUCUAGCUUUAAAAUGACAAAUAAUCCCUGGAUGCAACUGCAGUUCGACCAUGGAACGCCUAUGUUAUAAGAAUGAAUCACUACGCUUGAUUGUCUCACCAACCCAAAUAUAUUGCAGUGUGUAUUUUACAGUUGAGGUACGAUUGAGGUGUAUUGUCGAUGCACUUUUUUUCAACAUAACUGAAGAAACUACAUGUAUGGUACCAUGGUCUAUGUCUAAAUGCCAUUCUAUCCUAACAAUCUAGAAUCGCGUAUUGUAUUGUAUAGUCAACGAUUUGAACCAACCCUUAGUGAAAAAAUCGGUGUCCCGAAAAUAAUUUUCGAUUUUCAUGAGUUGUUUUUCUCUCCGGUCCAGUUUAUGUGAUAGGUAGUAAAAUGUAGAACAUUUCACUCAAUGAAGCAGUUUCUGUUUAGAAUAAAGGACUGUUUUUUAGCUAUGUGAACCGGCUAUAAAAUUUGGUCAGCGACUUGGCUGUUGUUUCACUUUGUGGCCCAGCCCAUGCUGUCUAGCAGUUUUGGACUGGUGUAUCAAUCGGCAAGAGCACAUUCUGCCAGGAACUGCUGAAUCAUACGGAUAAACAGAUUCAUCUGUCUGGUAUUUGUAACGUGCAAUAAUCAAGUUAUUUCAAUGUUGCUAUAUCAUACUGGGUAACCAACUGUGACUGAUUCGAUCUGCAAGAUCUGCAGAAUAUGUAGCAGUUAUCUGUGAUAUCCUGAUAAGUGAAAUAAACUAAAUGAUAAUUA